AAAAUAGAAACGCAAAAUGGUGGUUCUCAAGACACAGUCCGAAUGGGGCUGCGCACCUCCUCCCCAAACACCAUACAGCAUCAUUUCCAACUUGCCAGAAUGGGAUCUCUGGUUAAAUCUCCGCGGGGGCGACGCAUCCAAAGUGGUCACUGCGACACACAUCUAUCCGCGUCUUGCUCCGACACAGGCCGCUCGUGCACUCACCGACGCCAUUGCACAGAGACUCGGGCUGUCGGACAAGUUGUGCAUGGCAUACUAUAACCCCAUGAUGUGGAAGUACACAGCCAACCAUGUACAGCACAAGUUCAGAAAGGAAUAUGCCAUCACACCCGAUAAGCUCGUUUUCAAAGCUGUAGAUAUUGCUGGCCACCGACUCUACGCUAUCCUGUACGACAAGCAGAACGCCAAGGCACUCGGACUCAGCUGGAAGACGCCCGGUAUCGGCCUGUCCAUCCGGGCCGCAGAGUACUUGCUAAAGCAUAUCGAUACCAUGAAUGAGGUUCAAUGCGCAUUCGAUGUACCGCCAGAGCCGACGUGGACGCCUGAAGGGCCCGCGCAUCAGCUCCUGCGCCAGCGUGUAGUGGACUUGCUUCACCAUGGAGCCAUUGACCCGAGUAACGUGACCUGUAAAGCAAGCGACGUCUUUUUAUAUCCUACCGGCAUGGCAGCUGUCUUUCAUUCGAAUGGUAUACUGGAGAAGUAUAUCCCGGACGGCAUGAACAUUGAGAUGGGUGUUGUUUUCCACAGCACUCAUGAGCUGAUGUACGAGGAUAGCAUCAACGGUUGGAAGCACUUUGGCCGAGUCGACACACAGUCUCUUGAUUCGAUGGAGGCUUGGUUGCGGGAUGGAAACCGUGUUUCGUACGCGAUUAUUGAAUUCCCUGGAAACCCUACGCUUGAGUCUGUUGACUUGCACCGCUUGAAGGCACUGGCUGAAACGUUCAACUUUGUGCUCAUUGUCGACGAUACAAUCGGUAGCGCCAGCAACAUUGACGUCUUUGCGCUCUCAGAUAUGACACUUACGUCGCUCACCAAGUCAUUCAGCGGUAGGGCAGAUGUGCUCGGUGGCAGUGUUGUGCUCAACCCUCUCUCGAAACACUACAGCGAGCUCUCUCGCCGUUUCAGCGUGGCCCAUCACAACGAACUGUUUGCUGACGAUGCCGCUGUUCUGCUCUCCAACUCACAGGACUACUUUGCACGAGCUACCAUUCUCAAUGCCAACGCGCGAGGCAUGGCUGAAUUCUUGCACAAGAGCAUCACCGAUGUACCGGAUUCACCAGUUAUCAGCGUGCAGUACCCCUCCUUGAUGGACAGCAAGGCGAAUUUCGACAAGUUCAAGAGGAAGAGUACUGCAGAGAUGCCUGAUCCAGGCUAUGGAUGCCUUCUAACCAUAAACUUUGAGAGUUUGGAGACUGCUAAGGCAUUUUAUAACAACUGUGGUUUCUACUCGUCGCCGCAUCUGGCUGGACAUGUUACUAUAAUGUUUCCGUACAACAUGCUCAUGUUUGGCGGUGACCCCAAGGAGGCUGAGGAGUACAGGGGCUACGGCGCAAUUGAGGAGAGUAUCCGUAUAUCUGCUGGUUUGGAAGAUAUUAAUGAUCUGGUUGACACGUUACAAUCUGCUCUUGACAAGGCUAUUGAUGUGAAGAAGAAGGGUGCUGCUGCUGCAGAAAAUUAGGAGCGAAUGUCAUCGUCAAGAGAACCAUGUUAGUGCGCAGGUUUAUUGGUAUAUGAGAAGAUCACGUUCUAUGGUUCUAAUCUGACUGUUAUCGCUACGCUAUGAAGACGCAAUGAAUCGAUGAUCGAUAACGAAUCUACGGAGUGUGAGGAGGAGUGCGGAAGUCGGUAAUGUAGUGCACCAUCUCCAUGCCAGACUCAGUGUAUCCGCACUUUUCGUAAAACUUUUCCUUUUCUUGGCUGCAGUUGAGAAUCGUCUUUGUGCAACCGGCGCUCUCGGCGACAGAGUUGAGGGCUCUCAUCAUGAGGAGGCCGAGGCCCUUGCCCUGGUGUUGCUUAGCGAUGCACACCUCUUCAAUGUGGCCGACGACGGCGCGGUUGUGGAUG